GGGAGGGGACACAGCCGGAGAGCGAACCGAACACAGUGAGUGUGAGAAAACAGAGAGGUGGAGACUGAGAGCACUGUUCCGGUAUCUGCUGUGGACUGAGGCUGUGUUUUACUGAGUGUGUUGUGUCAGCGGUGGAGAGUUGAGCUCUGGUUCAGUGAGGCUGCUCUAGCAGAUCUCGUUAGCAACGCGCCAUCCGGAAAGCACAACCGAUGGUCGACGUGAGCAUGGCACUGCCCUUGCAGGUGCCCCCGGCUGCUAUUCCCAUGGACUUGCGCCUGGACCAGCCCUUUGGCCUAGCACCACGACCAGACGACCAGUGCCACCAAGGACAGGUCCCAGGUCAGCGGGAGCAGCAGCUGCAGCAGGAGUUGCUGGCCCUCAAACACAAACAGCAGAUCCAGAGACAGGUGCUCAUCGCUGAGUUCCAGCGGCAACAUGAGCAGCUCUCACGCCAGCACGAGGCCCAGCUACAGGAGCAUGUUAAGCACCAGCAGGACCUCCUGGCUCUGAAGCAUCAGCAGGAGCUGCUGGAGCACCAGAGGAAGAUGGAGAGACACCGCCAAGAGCAAGAGAUAGAGAAACAUCAGAGGGAGCAGAAACUCCUGCUGCUUAAGAACAAGGAGCGUUGCCAGGAGAGUGCGGUGGCAAGCACAGAGGUCAAGAUGAGGCUGCAGGAAUUUGUCCUGAACAAGAAGAAAGCCCUGGCCCAGCGCAGCCUCAACCACUGCAUGUCUACUGACCCACGCUAUUGGUACGGGAAGACCCAGCACAGCUCCUUGGACCAUAGCUCCCCUCCCCAGACAGGGAUGUCCACUUACAACCACGCCAUCCUGGGGAUGUACGACUCCAAAGACAACUUCCCUCUCCGCAAGACAGCCUCUGAGCCCAACUUGAAGCUCCGGUCCAGGCUAAAACAGAAGGUAACGGAGCGCAGAAGUAGCCCACUUCUACGCAGGAAGGACGGUCCAAUUACCACCGCCAAGAAGCGCUCUCUGGACAUGGCUGAAUCGGCCUGCAACAGCGCUCCUGGCUCGGGCCCCAGUUCGCCCAACAACAGCUCCAGUAACAUCACCAAUGAGAAUGGCAUCGCUGGCUCCAUGUCCAGUAGUUCAGUAGAGGCCUCCCCGGCCCACAGGCUGGCUGGCCGAGAGGGCCCCUUGAGCCAGCUGUCUCUGUACACAUCGCCCUCGCUGCCUAACAUCACCCUGGGCCUGCCAGCCACCGGCCCUUCCAGCGAAGGUGACAGGCAUUCAAUGCACGAUAGACUGCAGCAGGGCUUCCCCAUAACCACUCCCUUCAUCCCAGGGGCCCACCUGCCCUCCUACCUGACCGACGGGGGCUCGGCACACAACCCCCUCCUCCAGCACAUGGUCCUCCUGGAGCAGUCCCAGAACCCACUAGGUCUGUCCUGCUGCCUUGGCGGAAUGCCCCUGCAAUCGUCCUCCAUCCACAAGCUGCGUGGGCAGCACCGUCCCCUGGGGAGGACCCAGUCGGCCCCUCUGCCCCAGAACGCCCAGGCCCUGCAGCAGCUGGUGGUCCAGCAGCAGCACCAGCAGUUCCUGGAGAAACACAAGCAGCAGUUCCAGCAGCAGCAACUCCACAUCAACAAGAUGAUGGCCAAGCCCAGCGAGCCGGGGCCGGGGCCGGGCCGGCAGCACGAGAGUCACCCGGAGGAGACAGAAGAGGAGCUAAGGGAGCACCAAGCCCUAUGUCCCCAGGACGGAGGCCUCAUGUGUGGAGUGACAGUCAAGCAGGAGCCCCUGGACCCCCAGGAAGAGGAGAGGGACCACAGGGACAGGAUAGUUGACCAGGAGCUGCUCUUCCGACAGCAGGAUGUGUUGUUGGAGCAGCAGAGAAUCCACCAGUUGAGGAACUACCAGGCUUCGAUGGAGGCAGCCGGCCUGUCAAUCACCUUCCCAGCGCACCGCCCCCUCUCCAGGGCCCAAUCAUCUCCUGCCUCGGCUUGCUUCCCUCCCAUCGUGGUGCAGCAGGAACCACCCACCAAGCCUCGCUUCACCACCGGACUGGUGUAUGACACGUUGAUGCAGAAGCACCAGUGUAUGUGUGGCAACACCAACACACACCCAGAGCACGCCGGACGCAUCCAGAGCAUCUGGUCUCGACUCCAAGAGACAGGACUGAGGGGCCAGUGUGAGUGUAUACGGGGGCGGAAAGCCUCACUGGAAGAACUGCAGACGGUUCACUCUGAGGCCCACGUCCUUCUGUAUGGAACCAACCCACUUCGACAGAAACUAGACAGUUCAGUUACUCCCAUGUUUGUGAGGCUGCCUUGUGGAGGGGUGGGGGUGGACAGCGACACCAUUUGGAACGAGGUCCACUCGUCCAGCGCUGCUCGUCUAGCUGUGGGCUCCGUCGUGGAGCUUUGCUUCAAAGUGGCGGCUGCAGAGCUCAAGAAUGGAUUUGCUGUAGUCCGGCCCCCUGGACACCAUGCAGAGGAGAGUACACCUAUGGGAUUCUGUUACUUCAACUCAGUGGCCAUCGCUGCUAAACUCUUGCAGCAGAGGCUCAGUGUCAGUAAGAUCCUGAUUGUGGAUUGGGAUGUUCACCAUGGCAACGGCACGCAACAAGCAUUCUACAGCGAUCCCAACGUUCUCUACCUGUCACUCCAUCGCUACGACGAUGGCAACUUCUUUCCUGGCAGUGGAGCGCCUGAUGAGGUGGGCACUGGGGCAGGUAUGGGCUUCAAUGUGAACAUGGCUUUCACCGGGGGACUGGAACCACCCAUGGGAGACGCAGAGUACCUGGCUGCCUUCAGAACAGUGGUGAUGCCCAUCGCCAACGAGUUUGCCCCCGACGUGGUGCUGGUGUCGUCUGGCUUCGAUGCCGUGGAGGGCCAUCCGUCACCCCUGGGAGGGUACAGGCUGACGGCCAAAUGUUUUGGAUACCUGACCAGGCAGCUGAUGGGGCUAGCCGGAGGCCGCAUGGUACUGGCCCUGGAGGGGGGCCACGACCUCACUGCUAUUUGUGACGCCUCCGAAGCCUGCGUCUCUGCUCUGCUAGGAAUCGAGUUGGAUCCUAUCCCUGAGGAGGUGAUGCAGCAGAGGCCCAACCCCAACGCUGUUCACUCCAUGGAGAAGGUGCUGGAGGCACACAGUAAAAACUGGCGCUCUCUUCAGCGCGGGGCCUCCACGCUGGGCUACUCUCUGAGCGAGGCUUGCCGGUGUGAGACGGAGGAGGCCGAGACCGUCACCGCCAUGGCUUCCCUCUCUGUGGCCAACAAGCAGAGGAAGAGCGAGGAGGAGCCUAUGGAGGGCUGACCAAGCCCCCUUCACCAUUCAGAGACCCUCAAAGGUCUCCAAUAUAGGUCUCCCAUUUAGUACUCAGCCAACCUCCAUUUCAAUUUGACCCCACCCCUUGACCCCACUCGCACCCUGCCCAGGAGGCGCACCAGCCCCCCCGGGGGGGGGGCGGGGGGCAACGUAUAGAACGACUCGGUAUGAAACAGAAAUGGAAGACAUCACUAUCUCACUCGCCCCGAGUGUUCGGACUAAAACGCCCCCGAUGUGUGGUUCCGUCUCUACGAGGGGAGGCAGAACACAAGGAGCGCCGGGUUUCCGGGUUUUGUCAGGUCUUUACUCCAGGACCGCUGGGAUCUAAGGGGACUUUGAAUCAUCCCACGCUGGCAACAUUGAGUGUCUGUGCUUCUUUGGAACAGACACACUCGCUACGUUCGAAGUACUGCUCCAGACACGGAAUUUCUCAUUUAGCCAUCUCCUUUCAUUUGUUUUCUUUCAGUCGUUUGUUCCUUUGCCCUCUUCCGUUCACGAAAAACCACAACCGAGCCCUGUGAUGUCAUUACUACUUUGUUUUACGAAUGUUUGAUUGUUACCAUUCAUGAGAGACUUUGAGAAAGGAGAGAUGUCGCAGGGUUUGCUGGUAUUUCUUGGCGCGUUUCUCGAUUGGCAAAAGCAGGCGUUUGUUUUGUUUUGGUUGGAGAAGAGGAGCGAGGAAAAGAGAAGGGGAACACGAUGGACAGGUGACCCGGGGCCUCGUUUAUCAAAGGUGCGUGCGCACAAGAAAUAGUCUGAACCUUGCGGGCGCCAGUUUUCACGCAAAGGUUGGUGUUUAUCCAUUUUGAACUCGAUGGGAAAGUGUGCGUAUAUCCACUGAAAACUCAGACCAUGCGCACUCACAACUUCUAGUGGUUCAUCAACUGUAUUGCAAGCAAAUAUGAUUAUUUUGGGAGGGGAAAUUGAGGUGUUUAAAGCACGGGAAUUUAUAAUAAUGGUAGGCUAAUAAAAGACGUUAAAACAUAGGCCUAAUGAUAAAACAGAUGCAUUUGCCGUUGGUAAGGAGAUCACAUAGCAGCAUGUUCCCUAAUAUAUUUAUUUAACUUUUAUUAUAUAGACCUAAAUCAUAAUCAUAUUGCGGGACAUGUCUCCUUUUCUGACAUGACUGGUUUAUUUCUGCUACACAACAAAUAUUACGCUACCAUUUAGCCAUCUCUCAUUCAAUAGCCAAGCAUGCUUGAAAGUAAAUAGCCUAUGACAGUAUAGCUAGGCUAAAGUAUUCUUGUGCGACAGGAGCGCGACAUCGCAGCCCAUUUCAUCUCAGAGACGAUGCCAAAGCAGGAAAUAUAAACACAAUCGUGUAUUGAUGAAGGAAAUAUUGAACAACAACUCUUAUGUUGCAUAGAAGUCUGGUCUCUGAGCAGCAUUUACUUUUCAAUUGUUCAAUAGACAAUUCAUCUUGCCGAAUACAUGGCCGGUGUUUGGCAUGCUCUAUAGUUUUUUUUUUAAGUCGCUGCAAAAGAUGAAAACAUUCGGCCCCACACCUCUAACAGAAAGGUGAUCACAUUUACCAUUGCACUUUCUUUUAGUGACUAUCACGGCCCAGUUCCAAUUUCUCUUCAUCAUACAGCAGAUGAUGGUGUUUUUGUUACCAAUAAAGGUGAACGGAGGGCAUUUUGCCAGGCAGGGUUGUAAAAGCUCGUUCACCAGCGCGCAAAUAUAGUAUGGCUCUGAUUAAUCAGUGAAAACAUGCGUAUAUGUUGCGUUUGAUGUUACAGUUUGAUAAAUCCCAAUCAUUUUCUUCUGCACACAAAUCCUAGAAUGUCCACGUACGGCAGGAUUGAGUAAGAAAUGUACGCAAUGGUUGAUAAAUGAGUCCCCGGGUCUUCUGGUUUGAGAUGAACAGACUGUAAAAAGACUGUGAGUUUGUGCCUUUUUCAGUUCCUGCCUGGUGGAUUUCACGACGAACUCAAGACCAAGAGCUUUGCCUUAAAUUUGUUUUGGAGGGAGAGAGGUGUGCCGUCCUAUCGCUCUCACAUCUCAUCUCCUUUGUGUGGUAGCGAGACUGGCGAUGCCAAAACGAUGGCACAUAGACUGGAGGCCCUUGGCAUGUUUACCCUGACUUCCCUGGAGCCUACUGUCCCACCCUGUCCCGUUUGACCUUGUUGUCAGUACUUGACUUGGACAGGAGCUCCCCGCAGCUGACUACCGGCACACAAACUCCAAGUCAAACACUACUUGUCGUAACCCCUUUACUAUCGUUUAGAAGGUAGUUGCCGUGCUACACAGGGACUGACAUGGUUGAGUCUUUUUCAGUGGAACGAGAGCCUUCAAUGUUUGAAACGUCAGCCAAUGAUGUGGCUUUCUUCUGGUAUAUAAACCCUUUACCAAAUACACGCCACCUCUAAGAAAGAGUUAGCUAGCAUGCACUGUAGUCUGUUCUAGAGAGAUUUGGCAUUUUAAACUAGAAUGCUGUUCAAAAAUAGUAGUAGUAAGACAAGAAAUUAUGCCAAAGCGUGACGUUGCUAUCAGCUCAAUAGCCUGUUGCCACGUAGUAUUGUAGCCAUAUAGGACAGAUAUCGCUAUCAUGACUUUACGUUCAAAAUUGUUCUCUGUGAGGGAAUUAUAGCAGUUGACCAAUUUCUAUCUUACACACCUCACCCUUCAAAACGUUCAGACGCUCUUACCUGCAUUUAGGGACUCUACCCACAAUUAGCCGUUCAUUUGGCUUUGUUCACAGAGAUAAACAACUCACGAGUCUUUGUUACCAUGGUGACAGAGCGGUUAGACAGGACAAAGAGAAACAAUCAAAUCUCAUGAGUCUUUGUGUUACCAUGGUGACAGAGCGGUUAGACAGGGCAAAGAUAAACAAUCAAAUCUCAUGAGUCUUUGUGUUACCAUGGUGACAGAGCGGUUAGACAGGGCAAAGAUAAACAAUCAAAUCUCAUGAGUCUUUGUGUUACCAUGGUGACAGAGCAGUUAGACAGGGCAAAGAUAAACAAUCAAAUCUCAUGAGUCUUUGUGUUACCAUGGUGACAGAGCAGUUAGACAGAGGUGCACCACCUUUGUGAGUUUACAGAGGGGAGCAAGUGGCACCCAUAUUCUCUGACAUUUGAUCCACGCUCCUUGUUAGGCACAGCAGCUCACCAAGUGUCAGGUGCUACUAAGUGCAUGUGUGUGUGUGUGUGUCACAUGUCACAAUCCAGUAAACAAACCCUUUAUACAUUGUCACAGUCACCAUAGCUACUGCUAGGUGUGUGUUUUUAGGUACAGGAAAGUGUUUUUAACCUUGUGUGUGUGUGUGUGAGACGCAUUAAAUAACUGUGUCUCUAACGACAUACAUUUGACUUAGUUCACAAACACCUCUAGCUCAGAAUGCAGAGAAUGAAUGAAAGUAGGCAACUACCUUCGACAUUGUUCCAUUGACGUCAUAAUCACUUUUUCCUACUGUUGGUAAACGAGGAAGAACGGAAGAGAUUCCACAUUGAUCUUUCCUUGAGAUGUUUCCGCCGCGAUUGUUUUGAUGACUACUCCAUCCGUGUUGUUUUUACCCAUCGUUGUCUCUUUUUUUCCCUCUUUCUGUUACGUCCUUGUUGUCUUUAGAGGUGGACUCCAGUGUCUUUUGCUUUUUGUGCUUUUGAGUUGUUUUCCUGCCAUUUUGUAUUCGUUCGAGUUCUUUCUCUCUCUUACAAUUUGUUGCAGCUCCUUUUCACGGUGAAAGGUUCUGGGGUUGUGAGGGGUGGGAUGGAAAUAUUUCUACUUUGUAUAAUGAUUCCAACAAUUGUGUAUUUACUAUGCUGGCUGUUCAUGGUAAAUUUAUAUAUGACAACAAAUCUAUAAGUAUAUUAUAUAUUAUAAGAAAUUGCAAUAUUGUUUUGGGAAAAGAACGUUUGAAUUUGCAAAGUGAUAUGCUCAUGUUUCAUUCCCUGGUCUGGUUCGGCCCUUCCUGGUGUCGCUGAGGGCACUGUUCAUUAUUCCUGGCUGCCAUUGGCUGAGGGUUCAGUACAGUAGCAUCCCAUUUGAUGUCAGUCUCUCUACAGUGUGCGCCACUGACCUGGGCUCUAGUAAUACUUCCUGACACUACAUAGAGGAGUAGAAAUGCUGUCCCCAAACAAGGGCUUAGGGAAAGGGACAAGUCGCUUGUCUCUUAUAUUUAAUUUCCUUCUCCAUUAAGACAUUGUGACAACCCACCCAUGUAAACAUGGGGUUACAGUGGAAUUUCACACUCUUACGUCGCUAACACUUUCUGACCUGCAACCAAACACUCUAGCUGUGUUUUGUCAAAAACCUUCUGUAUACUAUCUAAGGAUGUGUAAUUCAGAAGCAGUAGCGGUGCGUGGAUAAAAUCACCGGGGAAGCCAAGCCAGUAAACAAAAUGCCAUAUUACAACUUAUGUGUUGUGAUAAUUGCGUGGUUUGCUCUAUAACCUGUUAGUUCAUAUGCCUUGCCACCGUGAUAUAUAUAUAGGCCUAAGGCCGAGACAAUAAGGAGACAAAGUGGCAGAAUAAAUUCAACCACAGCUUUGUUUCACCACAAAACCGUGGAGCAACAUCUAUCCAGUGGAACAUCUAUCCACCAAGUGUAUUGUGACAAACAGUUACAUGACCUACAGCAUGGUCAAUCAAGUUUAUGUUUCUUGACAUUUUUGGACUACUAAACAACUUGAUUUAGGCCACCGGAGAGUUACCCAAGUUGCAAAGAAAACAGGAGCUGCCUCCACUAUUCCAGCACCAUUUCAACUUCAACAUUUAAAAAUCGCUAGCCUAACUUCCUUUCAUGGGCAUCAAUUAGCCAGCUAAUUAACAUUCACCAACUACAUCUAGCUAUAUAUUGAACUUCCAUCCUCUCAGGCCAGAGGCACAAUGUAUGGUUAGAACCGAAUUGCCGUUAUAAUCAUUGGCCAGUAUGAAUAAUUAAGUAAAACCACAUGUCCAAAUCCCUAUCUCCGUCCAUGACACAUUUAGGAAAGGAACCAUUUUAGCUAGCUAGCUAGCCACCAGAGGACAACAACACAACGAGAUGCAACAAUUCAAGUUUUCUUCUGUCAAUGACAUUUGGCUUCAUUUGAUGUGAUUAGUGUGAAGCAAAAUCCAAACUGACUUCCUUAACACUUUUUUUGGUGUGCCAGGACCAUUCACAGUUGAGCUCACUCAGUUUAGCUCAAGGCUGAUUGGCUGUUAUUGUGUAAAAAAAAAAUAUCAAGGAAGGUAAAUGCUCACUGGCUUCCCUUGCAUUCAAUGCUAUGGGCAGCAACAAUAUCAUACUCUUUUUGACCAGACAGCAUCGGAUAGGUGGCCUACACAUAGAGACAGAACGGCACUGUUUCGCUCGCUUGGAUGCUUUCUCCGGUGAGAUACAUUCAGCCUCUUGCGAAUUGAAGGAAAAUGAUGAAACACAGAGAGACUAAAGAUAAAUUAUUUUAUAUGUUAUUAUUCUUCAAUUUUGGGGGAAGCCUGGCUUCCCUUUACAUUCAUGAAUACACGCCACUCUUUCUGAAGGGCCUGUCUUGGAAUGACAUGAUAAUUACACAAGGGUUUCCCUAUAAUGAUUAAUCACUAUAAGCCCAGGAGUCGUAGUUAACCCAUCAAAAGUCCCCCCCCCCUCACCCUUUGACCUCAUCCAGCCCAAACUGCUCCUCUCUGACGGCUGUAGCAGAUGACUAGUGAGGUCAAGGGUCAUCUCAAUGGAUCCAGUCUCAGCCAAGGGGGUGGAGUAUGAAUUAAUAGUCGAGUGUGCGUCACAGUUGUGGUGGUUGUUAUUGUAUUGGGGCACAAUAGUAACCGAUCAUCCAGAGCUCUCCCAGAAUGCACCAGCCUGAGCAAUUGGUAAUUAUGGUUUCGUCACUUGUAUUCAAGCAAUCUUUCUCAAAGGGACUUUAUACUAUCUGGUUAUCAUAGUGUCCAGAUAGUCAUUUGAAUAUUCUCGUGCUCUACAGACAUUCCAUUUUUUUUAUUUUUUUUAUUUGUUUUAUCGUCUGGGGGUUUUUUUCUUCUUUUUUUUCUUCUGUUCUCACAAAAAGGCCUGAGGAUUGUCUGUAGUUUUUUUUCUGCACCAUUCCUCUUCCACCACCUCUAACUUUCUCUGCAUGGUUUGUGUGUCCGCAUGCCUGUCUCUGUCCCUGUAACUUAUCUGCACAAGGGAAAAAAGCACUGAAUGGACAGAAGUACGUUUUUAUUACAGCAUCAGGAUUCGGGAGCGAAGCAUGACACGAGAACUUGUUUUUUUGCCGAUGAGGAAGAACGGCGCUCCAUGUUGGUCUGACAGAUGUGCUUUUUACACGUAAAAAAAAAAAAAAUCAACAGCAAACGGAACGACUUUUAACAUUUUACAACAUCUUUAUCUAGCGCUUGUGACAUACAGACAAUAGAUUUUAUCGUAUUUGUGCACAACAACAAACACACACAAAAAACAAAAAACAAAACGUUUUAGGGAAACUAAACUGCGGAGGCAAACAGGACAGACCAACUCAUUGUAUCAUUUGAAGUUGGGACGGGGAGACGUUUUGUUUCCGAGGCAUCUGGAGAUAUCAAAGGGCUCUGUACCCGAUGAAUGGUCUAUAUCGUCGUCAGGGUUGUCCAUUCCACUUCAGCCAGUCAUAUCUGUGACCACUGUGGUAAAAAAAAAGAACAGUUAUAGGUUUACAAAAUGCAUCUGUUACGAAAUGCAUCUGUUUUUAUAUUGUUUUCUUUUGACUCUUGUUCUCUCCAUUGUUACAGAAUAAUACUUUUCCCCUCUCUCGGGACCUUAGCUCUAACAUUUUAUCUUUUGACAUCUACACUAUAAAGUAUAACAUUUUGGAAAAACCA